ACGCCUCCCACUGGCUGCUAUCACCUAGCUAGUGAAGUGUUUUUUUUUUUCCAUUUUGAAUUUGACUAAAUUAUACAAUUUUUGGUAUAACGUUAUAUUUAAGUAUUUAUUUUACUUGUUUAUGGUUACAUCGCGAGCCUAUUAUUAGCUAGCCAGCCAUACAGGCUAGCUGGCCGAGGUCUUGUGGAUUGAUAGCCCAGCUAGCGUUAGCUAGUAGCGGGUAGCCAAGUCCAGGGCAUACAGCAACUGCUUUUAAUCCUGUUUUUACUUGUUAAAGAAAAUGAAGAUAACGGUGGAAUUCGAGGAAUGUCUCAAAGACUCUCCAAGAUUCAGGGCCACUGUAGAGGAGGUGGAGGGGGAUGUCGGGGAACUGGAGUCCAAACUUGAUAAGCUGGUGAAGCUAUGCAUCGGGAUGAUCGAUGCCGGCAAGGCCUACAACACUGCCAAUAAACAGUUUGUCAAUGGAAUCCGCGAGCUCGCUGCAAGCUCCACCAAAGAUGAAGUCAUUGAGUCCAGUCUCACAAAGUUUGCCGAGAGUCUGCAGGAGAUGAUCAACUAUCACACGAUUUUGUUUGACCAGGCCCAGCGAUCAGUCAAGACCCAGCUUCUAACUUUUGUGAAGGAGGACCUACGUAAGUUCAAAGAGUCCAAGAAGCAGUUUGACAAGGUGAGCGAGGAGAAGGAGGCGGCGCUGACUAAGAAUGCCCAGGUGCCGCGCAACAAGCAGCACGAGGUGGAGGAGGCCACCAACAUCCUGACGGCCACACGCAAGUGCUUCCGCCACAUCGUCCUCGACUAUGUCCUUCAGAUCAAUGUACUCCAGUCUAAGAGAAGAUCGGAAAUCCUCAAAUCGAUGCUGUCCUUCAUGUACGCCCACCUGACCUUCUUCCACCAGGGUUACGACCUCUUCAGUGAACUACAACCUCUCAUGAAGCAGCUGGGGGGACAGCUGGACCAGCUGGUGGUUGAUGCAGCCAAAGAGAAGAGGGACAUGGAGCAGAAACACUCCACCAUUCAACAGAAGGACUUCUCGAAUGACGACACCAAGCUGGAGUACAAUGUGGACGCAGACAAUGGCAUCGCGAUGGAGGGCUACCUGUUUAAGAGGGCCAGUAAUGCCUUCAAGACAUGGAACAGGCGCUGGUUCUCCAUUCAAAACAAUCAGUUAGUUUACCAGAAGAAAUUCAAGGAUAAUCCCACAGUGGUGGUGGAGGACUUGCGGCUAUGCACAGUCAAACACUGUGAGGAUAUCGAACGCCGCUUCUGCUUUGAAGUGGUGUCCCCCACCAAGAGCUGUAUGAUGCAGGCGGACUCUGAGAAGCUGAGGCAGGCCUGGAUCAAAGCUGUCCAGAACAGCAUCGCCACCGCCUUCAGGGAGCAGGGAGAGGACGCUGAGCUGGACCGGAAGUCUUCCACGUCGACUGGCAGCCUGGAAUCAGGCGGCGAGCCCAAAGAAAAGUCACUAAAGGGGGAGAGUGCCCUCCAGAGGGUCAUGGUCAUUGGGGGCAAUGCCUGCUGCUGCGACUGUGGCCAGCCUGACCCUCGCUGGGCCAGCAUCAACCUGGGCAUCACCCUCUGCAUCCAGUGCUCUGGAAUACACAGGAGUCUGGGGGUCCAUUUCUCCAAGGUGCGCUCGCUCACCCUGGACUCAUGGGAACCGGAACUACUCAAGCUGAUGUGUGAGCUGGGGAACGGGGUCAUCAACCAGAUCUACGAGGCUCGGAGAGAGGAACUGGGAGCCAGGAAGCCAAGGCCAGCAGACCCCAGGCAGGAGAUCGAGGCCUACAUCAGGGCCAAGUACGUGGACCGGCAUUUCGUGCGUCGCCCGUCUGACGAGGAGCUGCGCUUCAAGGUGGUGUCCCUGUCCAAGCAAGAGAAGAGGCUGAGCAGCAGUUCGGAGCACCUGCCUCCCCGGCCGCCCCCGCCCACGCCCAAACUCCGGCCCGCGUCCAAUUCCUCAAGUCAGUCAGUAAGAAGUGCGGACAGUGGCAUCCAGAACAGUGCUGAUGGGAGUAGGGAGAUGCUGGCCACCAUCCCCUGCACGAACAGCCUGGCUGAAGCAGAAGCUGCUGAGGCGCCUCCCAUGACUAUGCCUGCCACCCUGCCCCCUCCGUCGCCCUGUAAGGAGGUGGUGGUGUUCUCGGAGCCCAAGGAGUACUCCCCGGGACUGCAGCUGUACUGGGCCUCGUGUGCACGCAGCCUGCCUGACAUGGCCGAGGCCCUGGCCCACGGAGCAGAGGUCAACUGGGUCAACACCGACAACGAUAAGAGAACCCCGCUCAUCAUGGCUGUGCAGGGGGGCUCUUUGGUGACCUGUGAGUUCCUUCUCCAAAAUGCGGCCAACGUGAACCAGCAGGACGCCCAGGGCCGAGGACCACUUCACCACGCCACCAUCCUGGGUCACACUGGUCAAGUGUGUUUAUUCCUGAAAAGAGGAGCCAAUCAGAAAGCGGCAGACAUUGAAGAGAAAACACCACUAUCCAUGGCAGUGGACGCUGCCAAUGCAGACAUCGUCACAUUGCUGCGAUUGGCCAAGAUGAAUGAGGAGAUGCGGGAGGCGGAGGGGCCCUACAUGCAGUCAGGAGAUGAAACCUACCAAGACAUUUUCCAGGACUUUUCCCAGAUGGCGUCAAACGACCCGGAGAAGCUGAACCGCUACCAGCAGUACGACUCGCAACAGAGGCCAUGAGGGAGAUGCUACAACUCAGGAGGACCCGCCUGGAAGUGUGCAGAUAGGUCCGCAAUUCUAACGGGGUGUGCUCAGCACCAGAAGGCCGUUUCUCCAGAACCUCAAUGGCGAAGGUGUCUGUCAUAUAUCGCUUUUUAAUGGUCUACAUUUUUACCCCUCGGGUAAAAAAUACAUUUCAAUGUGGUGUUUUGUUGUUGAUCCAUAAUAAGCACCUUUUGGUAGCAUGUUUUCAUAGCAUUGAUCUAUUGUAUAUUAAGCUACAAGCGAGAUUCAUGAUGUCACAAUGUUAAACAUUAAGGUUAAUGGUCAUCCCCCAGGUAAACAUAUCCUGGCAUCUUACUUAAUUGCACAAGGUCCCACUUUCCUAGUCUUAAGUCAUCACUGAUGUUUACAGUGAAACUUUGAAGUGUGAGUCGAUGUAGAGUGCACGUUGCUGGUUUGUCACUCUUCCGAUAAAAGCCCAUAAUGUGGUACAUGCAAAGAUUUUGAUAGUGGGUAUUUUUGAUGACAAUACUUGUGAUUUUAGGGGUAAAAAUGAAUUGUCAGAUACCAGACUAGUUAUCUGUUUGUGUGGGGUAGUGUUUUUGUUUUGUUGUGUGGGGGAAAACAUGCCUUAUGAUGUUUUGGAGUAUCAUUUCAUAUUCAAUCUCAUUUUGGGAUUGAACCCGGAAGCCAGCCGCACCAAUGUGUCGGAGGAAACACUAUACAAGUCAGCGUGCAUGCACCCGGCCCGCCACACGAGUCGCUAGAACGCGAUGGG